UCCCUUUGCCUUAUAUCAUCACUCCGGGGCUCUCGACAAAUCAGCGUUUUGACGUGAGGACAUCCUCGAUACCUUUUUCUAUUUCCAACGCCACACCAUCCCUCCAAGCUCACACUGGUUGUGCAAGACUCUGGACCCUGCUGGACAGCGGCUCGAACUCCUGAAGCCCAAGACGGACUACCGGUAGAGUGGGCAGAUAUUCGAGCCGGUUGACUAUACGGCGUUCAUUGGCAAGCACCAAGGCAACGACAAGGUCUUCAUCGUAACCGGCGAUUCUGGUGAUGGCCUGACACACGGCGUGCUCGCCGGGCGGCUGAUCGCGGACGAGAUUGAGGGCAAAGCAAACUCGUGGGCGUCGCUCUACAGUCCGAAGCGGCUCGGAAGCAUUAUCAAGUCGCUGCCCAGCAUGGUGAAGCACGACAUCCAGAUUAACACGCAGUACAGGCGCUUCUUGCAGACAGACAUCACCGAGAUCGAGGAGUUGGGCAGGGGUUCUGGAGGCGUCCUGAACUCGGCCACUAGCAAACCACUGGCAGUUUACAAGGACGAAGAGGGCAAGAUGCACAAGUACAGCGCUCUGUGCCCCCAUAUGAAGGGAGUUGUAUGCUGGAACGACGUGGAAAAGAGUUUCGACUGCCCUGUGCAUGGGAGCCGCUUCUCCAAGGAUGGCAUUCGUGUCGUCGGUCCGGCCAAGGCGAACUUGGCGCCGGCGGAUAAUAAGGCGGGGGCUGAGGAUCAGGAAUAUGCUGGUGGAUCAAGCAUGUGAGUACUUGAGAAGCGGAGGGCGGGG